GCCCCUUCGCAGCCCCGCCUCGCUGCCUCCCUGCUUUUUCCACCCGGGCUCUUUUACACCUCUCCCACUGCCCCCCCGGCCCCCGCAGUCUCCGGAGCAGUCCGCAGCGGCUCCGAGCCGUCCUCCCCCCACCUCCUCAUCUCCAUCCCCAUCUCCAUCCGCAACCUCCUUCACCCCCCUCCCCUGCCCUCCCCUGCCCGCCCGCCCCGGCGCGCCCCCGGCCCGGCCGCGGAGCCGCCCGCGAUGCCGCCUCCGCCGCGGCUGCUGCCGCUGCUGGUGCUGGGCUUGUGGCUGGGGCUGGGGGGGCGGGCGAGCGGCGGGGGGGGUUGCCAACUGCCAGCCGAGUGGCGACCGCUCAGCGAAGGCUGCCGAGCCGAGCUGGCGGCGAUCAUCGUCUACGCCCGGGUGCUGGCGCUUCACCCCGACCCCUACGGCGCCUACAACUACCUGCCCUGGCAGAGGGGCCCCGCCGCCGGCCCCCAGCAGGGAGCGGGGGGGCUCUUUUAUUCGGCCGAGAUCGAGCUGCUGUGCGACCAGGCGUGGGGCAGCAUGCUGGAGGUGCCCGCCGGCUCCCGCCUCAACCUCACCGGCCUCGGCUACUUCUCCUGCCACUCGCACACCGUCAUGCAGGGCUACGCUUAUUUCUUCUUCCUCCGAAUGGAUGAGAACUACAUCCUCCUGCCGCACGGAGUCAACUUCCAGGAGGCGAUUUUCCCAGACACACAGGAGAACAGAAGGAUGUUUGCCAGCCUUUUCCAGUUUUCUAACUGCUCUCAGGCGCAGCAUGUGUUGAGCUUCUCCAGUGACUGGGAGAUCCAAGAGGACAACCGGCUCAUGUGCUCCUCGGUCCAGAAAGCCCUGUUCGAGGAGGAGGACAGAGUGAAGAAGCUGCAGCAGAAGGUGGCGACGCUGGAGAAGCGCAACAAGCAGCUGCGAGAUCGGGUCAAGAAAGUCAAGAGGUCUCUCCGGCAAGCCAGGAAAAACACCAGGCACAUGGAGCAAAUGAACCGAAAGCUCAGCGAGAAACUUUCCUCUGCAGGUGGUCAAAUCCCCUAUAUUAACUCUUUGAAGCAGGAGAACUCCCAUGGUACCUACCUUAAAGUAUAAUGCAAGGGUAAGUGCUCAGGCCAAUGAUAAUGGUGAAUUUUGCCUGCAUUAGAUCAGGAUCUGGCCCUCACACCUUGUCUACGCUGUGCUUCAAACCUUGCAUGGGAAGUGAAUCUGAACUUGCUUUAGACACAGUGCUGGAUUAAACAGGAAUGCAAACCGUGCUCGGCUGGGUGUUGGAAGCACAGCCCAAAGCCAUGUCCUCACUGUGCUUCGUGGACAUAGGCCCAGACCAUGAUCUGUGCCUCUUGGCCCUCACCCACCUCCACCUCCCUCACCAGUUUCAGGUUGUCUUUGAUGAAAGUGCCAGAUCAGCCCUAUGGGCCAUUGCAGGCACUUGACACAGAAAAUCUUGGAAAGAUCUGGUGCCUACUUACCUCCUCCACAUGGGCUGGGCAAGCAAGGCCGGGGGGAUAUAUGGAGAUGGAUGCUCUAGGAAGGAUGCAGGCACGAAUGCUCUUUGGUCCAUCAUCACCCCCAAGCUCUCAACCUCCCUUAAGCAUGACUAAAGUCUACAUCCAGUGUCUGAGCAAACUCUAUGUCCGGGACACAGUCAGUUUGGGUCCCCCUUCAAAAUGAAGCAUAGAUGUGCCCAAAUUAUCUUAAGAGCAUUUCUAAAUCUCCCUAAAUAUUCUAAAUAAAAUAUCUAAUAUUUUUUAUUGUACCAGGAAGUGCCUCAAAGGUCUCAGUAACUCCCUCAGGUGCCUUUAUCAUUGCCCGUGGAAGCCACGUCAUUUUGGGACUGUGUCUAGGACCUAAUCCAGCUCCUGUGGUCAGGAAUGGACUUAGCCUGACUAUUGAUGGGUGCUGGAUCAGGCCCAGCAGACAGUUUCAGAUCCCGUUUUCAAGCAGGUUUAAUUUACAGUGUGGACAAGGCUUCAAGUUUUGUAAUCACUGUUUGAGGUACAACGGGGGUUGCUGGGCAGCCUCCCUUAGUUACACUUAGAUACUGUAGAGACCACAUCAAUAUCAACAGGGCAUUAAAAACUAAGGUAGUUUAUAUAUGUAUAUAUUUUUAAAUCCUAUAGAAAAUAUUUUUAUUACACAUUUGAUAUAGUCUAAUUUCUUAAAAUAUGAAGUAAAUCCUGUUUCUUGGUUAUCUCGUUAAAAAAAAAAAAAAAAGCCUGAUUCUUGGUUAUCUCGUUAAAAAAAAAAAAGCCCAUCCUGUCCUUUAUUAGACAUUUACAGACUGAGUUCUGCUCAAGCAGCGUAGGUUAAGGCAUCUGUGGCUGAUAAAAUUUUCAGCUGUGUUAAUGUACCAGAGCGUGCCUUGGGUUUUGGUACUCAACCACCCUUCCUUCAUAACAGCACUCCAUAAGGAGAGAAAGAUAGAGGAGUUUUUGUGGUUUUCUUCCCUUCUCAAAAUAGUUUUUCUUACUCUGAGCAUGAGACCGGAGUGCAGAUAUGCUUCGUGCUUUUCGACAGGGGCAGCCAGCCCUUGCCCAGCCCCGGGCAACACGGAUAACCUGCCCGGGCUAAACGCGAUUUGUACGAGGUGGGCUGAUCCAGAUGAUCUUUAACAUAGAGGUGAGGCCCUCAGAAAUACCAGCGUGUAAACCACCGCUCUGCUCCUAACCCUCCACACUUUACCAGAGCGCUGCAUGGUCUCCAUGCUGUGUCUCAGCACUCAGAAUACUCAAAAUCAGAGUAUAUCCAGGCUACAGCCCUGCUGGACCACGCUUUAACUAUCCUGCGCUAGGAAAAGCCCGUAUCAGCUUUCAGCCACGAGCUUCAGUCCAAGCUGAACUCAGAAUUUAAGCCUUGUGUUGGCUUUUAGGAUGCUGCUGAGUUUAAUUACCUUCCAGUUUUGCUCCUUUUGGAAAUAAAGCUGCUUUUUUUUUUUUUUUCCCCUUCUUUCUCCUUCUCCUCCCCUCUUGAAAUAAUAUUGGCAUUUCUAAAGAUUCUGACUCUUCCACAAGCUCCGCUGGUUUCAAGGGCUUUGCCUACCGAAUCAGCACAAUUUGAGUUGUUUUGUGCUGCAGUCAGCAAUGCUGUUUCCUGAGAAUUGCUACAGACCUAAGGCUUCCCUAGAAGCCAAUCAAGAGAUUUUUAACUCCAAAAUUUAAAUCCAUAGGAAAGUAACUACAUUUUUUUUUUCUUUUUGGUUUGUUUCUGGUUUCUAAACUGCUGUUUAAAUAAAUGAACUGGUUUUUUCUCGUAUAGGUAUUAAAAGCUUGUGUUUUCAUGUUUUGUUAAUAAAAAUAUUUCCUCUGGUAUUCAUUCAUGUUUUAUAAAUGUUUGUAUAAAGCUGAGAAAGUAUAGUUAACAGAGCUACAUCUUUGCUAU